UGUGUUAUAGAAGUUACACUUGAUAAGUUAUCAGUAGGAAGAAUUCGCGACGUGUGCUACUAGUGCGAUCUAAGUUUACGCGAAUAUGUCUUCGACACUGGAAGAUAUCUGCGAACUCUUGGAGAGCUAUAACGGGAGAGAUAAGGUGGUGAGAUUAGCUUGCUAUGUAUUCAAGCUAUAUGGCUGCAUUAAAGAUGAGAAGGCAUGGCAGGCAGCUGGGUCUAGGCUCUCCAAUGCUAGACUUAUGCUGCGGCUGUUUGAUGAUGUUCCUAUGAUAAGACACACAUACAACUAUGGUCUAGGCAGGCAUGAGCCAACACGAGUAGCAGCAAUAUUAGGUGUUCUCGCCAACAUGGUGGACCAAGCAUUCCUGCCUGUAGAAAAAGUAUGUUGGCUGAAUGACGUGGGUGUUCUAAAACUGAGCCCCCAAACAGCAUACACUUUUGAUACAAUCAGCACAGGACUAUGGGCCGCCAGUCUCUACAUCUCCCUAAUACAGACAAUCCGCUCGAUCCACCAACUCUCCUGGAGUCGCGACUGCCUUAAGAAAUCAUCAGAGAACGGCGACACGGACGCGCGGCGGAAACUCGAUGUGCGGUUAGCCUUGCAAUUCGUUACUGCCGGUAAACAGUGCCUGGACAUUGCUCACGCGGUCAGCUGUCUGCCAUCCGGUUGGCUCUGGGGUGAGAAGCUGGGCGCUACCACUGUUGCGGCCAUCGCGACAACCUCCUCAAUUAUUGGUAUAGCAAUGUAUUUCGCGAGGAAACGGUUAUUAAGAUAGUUAUGUAAUGGUGUACUAUUUAUAUGUCUGGUUAGGGAUGGUGAUAUGGGACUUAGUACUGUCGUACAUUCGGCUCGUCGAACAAUUGCCGUAUGCGACUCCUUCGAUUGGUGCAUUUGGUUGCAACGCUCCGCCAGUUUUGGAAAUGAUAUAUAGAUAGAUAGAUAGAGAUAUACAUAGAUAUAUAGAUAAGUUCUUUAUUCAUCAAUUACCAACUCAGCAUACGUGACUUAAUGGAAAAUAAAUUGGACAUAUAAAAAAAAUUAUGGCUUUAUGUCGCAAAGAUGAAGACGCAACUAACUCACCAUAAAGCUACAGAUAAAUCUGAAGUGUUUAUAUUCUGUGAGCUCCU